AUGGCUAAAUUCCAUCACAAAGACCCCUACUAUCCUAACGUAAUAGCCAACGGAUGGAUCGGGGAGGCGACAAAAGAGGUUCAAGAGGAAAAUCCAAAAGUGGGUCUUGAAGAAUACCAAGAAAUGGACUAUGAGGGGGAGAAUGCUGCUGAGGAGUUAGACAAGGAUGAAGACACCAGAGGGAUCCUUAGCGAGCCUUACCUUUCAGGAGCAAUACUAAAAAAUCACACAAUGCAAGAGGGCCCUACCGACCGUCUACGCUCUUUAGAGGAGGAAGUGGACAGCCUAAAGCAGCAGCUCUUUGCAACCGAAGCUAGAGCAGUUCAAGCAGAGCAGAGGGUAGAUGAGACCACUCGUGAAAUGAGUGAAAUGGACGAGCACCUUGUGCGUUAUUUCGGCAUAUGA